AUGUCGUAUCGCUUUGGAAACUACAUUAAAGAACUAAGGAUUCAUUUAUGCCAAACUAGCAAACAUUCUGAAGGUGUGAGGAACUUUAUACAAAAGUACUAUGUAAACCUUAAAAAAGACAACCCUGGCUUCCCGAUAUUGAUUCGUGAGUGCAGCGGUGUACAGCCGCGAAUCUGGGCUCGAUAUGAAAAAGGAGAAGAACGCAGCAUGUCUCUCACUGACCAGAACGCUGAUAAUGUUCUCUCAGCUGUCAAACAGCUAGUAAAAUAA